UUAAUCGAUCCCGCGCCUAAUAAUAAUAUUAUUAUGUUUAUUUAAUAACACAACAAUAAUAUUACGACUGUACUUACAUGCACUCUUGACUGCAUCUGGUCUACCGUGUUCAGACGAAAUGUCAACGUCGCCAAAAAUAAUCACCAUAAUUUGCUAAACCAAAAUCGGUAUACCGUUCUACCGAUAUUAAGUUUGAGAGCUUGCCGUCGAUUUUUAAUUAUCGCUUUUUUUCUAUUUUGUUCUCGUUAUUUUCCGUCACACAAGUCGUUCCGUUAUUUAUAAUAUUGUGCUAUUUUUUUACGGUAUGUUCGGUUGUACUUGGUCAUCAUGAACGAAUCGGUGACCGUAUGCAGACAACUACAAGCUCCGGUUUAUCACCACGACGGUGUCGUGCACUGCACGGCCGCCGAUGAAAGCACCGAAGCUCAGCAGCCAUCGGCCACACUGGCCGGAUCCACGUGGACGCCGUACGGGCAGUCGGCUGCUGCGGCUGCCGCGGCUGUGGCCGAAUACCAUCAUCACCACCACAGUCACCACCAUCUCCAACAACAGCAACAAGAACAACAACAGCAGCAGCAGCAGCAACAUCAAGUACAGCUGCACCAUCAUCACCAACAGCAGCAACACCAUGACCCGGUGGUAACGUCGGCGCUGCACCAUCAUCAAGCGGUGGAUGGUUACGCGUGGCCGGUGUACAAUCGGAGGAGGCCCUCGUACGAGGACGUCGUUUACCACCAUCAUCACCAUCAGCCUCACCACCAUCAGCCUGUGGUAGCGGCCACCUCGGUGCCUUACAAUCCGGCCACAGUGACGGCCACCUGCUCGUCCCCUGGCACGUCCUUGGACGAGCCGGUGGUCGCUUACCAACCGGCCACCGAUUACAAGUACUGGCCGCCUGUACAACAUCAGCCUUCGCCGCCUGGACAAAACGGACGUGUCAGCCCGUACGGUUGGAUGAAAAGGAUCGAGUACCAAGAUCGCCCCCAACCUGGCCGAACACGGACUAAGGACAAGUACAGGGUCGUGUACACCGACUUGCAGCGUUUGGAGCUAGAAAAAGAGUUUCAUUUCAACCGGUACAUUACUAUUACAAGGAAAACCGAGCUAUCCAAAAUGCUGAGUUUGUCUGAACGACAAGUGAAGAUAUGGUUUCAAAACCGUCGGGCCAAACAAAGAAAAAUCGACAAGAAAAGAGAGGAAACGGUAGUUAAUGAAAACCCUAAACAAUUGCAAAUACAAACGCCUAUUGAUUCGUCAUACUCCAUCGGGAGUUGCUCGCCUUUAUAGGAAUAAAAUUAAAAGUUAUUAUUUUAAUAACGAUGAUAAUUUAUUGUAAUAAUGGUAAUUACUAUAAAGUUAAUUACUAACUGAGCAAAUAUACUAUACAAAUUUCAAACGGAAUCACUCACGUCAUACAACCUUUAAAUAGGAAUAUAAUUCUUCCAAAAAUUAACAUAUGUUCGGCAUUGAUCAAAAGCGAUUUGACCAAUUUCACAUUCAAAUGUAUUUAUAGUUAAUACAAAAAUAUGUUUUACGCCAAUCAUGUGUAGCUCAACAUCAUUUUCUAUGUUGGUUUUUAAUUUAUUGUAGGUAUAUUGCCGUGUUCCACAUAUUGAGCUUAAACUUAUAAUGUAAUUUUUAACACAGCUGUAAAAUAUAGUUAGCACAAUACAGUAUGAUGUCCCAAGAAUGAGGAGCAAAACCAGUACACGACUGAAUAGGCAUUGUCUGUUAAAUUAAAAAUGUCUAGAUAUUGUAUACAGUUGUACCUAAACUACCGUAAUCCCAUCGAAUAUGUAUAAGAAUUAAAAAACAAAAUAAAAUACGAAAUCAAAUGAUAUUGUUAAUUGUUUUACUUAAUUGUACUCCGAUUCAUAAUAUUAUUAUUAUUACGUUGUACAAUAUUAUUAUUAUUUUUAUUUAACUAAUUUUUAAGUUUUUUUUUUUUUGUUAAGCCUACACGACUAAAAGAGAACAUCUUAACGUUAUUUAGUUAUGCAUUUUUUUUGUUUAGUGUAAAAAAAAAAAGAAAUGAGAUUCGACAAAAUGUCGUUUGAUUAUUUGUUGAAAAUAAUUAUUGAUUU